AUGUUUUUGUCAAAUGAUUUGUGGCACCGCGUGAUCGUGAGCGGCGGCGUAGGAGGCUCUGAUAAUUACUGGGAUCAAACCCAGAUAUAUACUGAUGACGAUGGCUCAGGAGGAUCAGGAGGCGGUUUUACUGCUCCCGGUGCUUGGCGACAUGGAAAAUAUGACGCAUCAAAAUCUGCCAAUUCCACUUUUGGUUUCAGCUUUGGCUAUGGAGAAUCCUCUCGUUAUGAUGGAUCUUUGAAUAAAAAAUAUGGAUACACAACUACUUAUGGUGCAAACGAUCGCCCGGGUGCUGGAAGUGGUUGGUUUGGCGGCUUCGCUUCUCAUGAUGGAAAUAGCGGCUCUGGAGGUGGAAGUUCGUGGGCUUUGACUAAAGAUGCAGCAAUUCCACGCGGUCCAAUUACUGCCUACGAUUCAUCUUAUAACCCUGUUCAAACACGACCAUAUGAAUUCAUUGAUCAGAACGAAUUUUUAUUUACUGAUGUGAAAUCUAUUUCGGGAAUCUGGGAAGGAAAUGGAAAGCUUUUGAUAACAAUCAUAAAUUCUGCAGCUGCCAUUUCAUGCGUCACGCGACAUAAUAAUUUUUAUGGAUUCUCAUUAUUUCUUUUAUUUGAAGUUUCUUCUACUUAA